AUGUCUGAAGGAGGACCCAUUAUUAUAUUAAUUGGAGGUGGACAUGCUGCCGGUAAGAAAACCACUGCCAAUUUAUUGAAAGAAGAACUUCGUUUUUCUCUUCCAGAUGUUGAUCUUAAUAUAGAAAUAAUUGAUCUAGAUGACUAUAAGGAGGAUGAAGCUAAACGAGAAUAUUCCACUUCAAAGUCAGCAGCUAUCACGCUACCAGAUAAUUCUGAUGUUAACUAUCCUCCUUUAAAACCUUCUCGGUUCAAUUUUGACAAAUUAAGGGAAUAUUUGUUAAGUGGUGCUAAGGUUACUCUGAAGUCACAACAAAAGAUUCUUAUUGUUCAUGGGUUAUACGCUUUGUAUGAUAAGCAAGUACGUGAUAUAUCACACAUAAAGGUUUUUCUUACAAGUGAUCCUGAUACAAGGUUAAUUCGUUGGAUUAGAAGAGAUGUUUUGGACCUAAACAAAAAUAAAUCACUAGAAUCGGUCAUCAAUGCUUACCUUCAGGGUGCUAGGGCAGAGAUGAGUGACUUCAUCUUUCCAACUAAGGAAUUUGCCGAUGUUAUUAUGCCAAAAGGAGCAGAAAAAAAUGCUAUUGGGCUAAUAGUUGAUGGCGUAAUGCUGUUAUUGCCAGAAGAAGAUCAACCUCAGAAUAUAUUCUUACCUCGUACCAAUAACCUUAGACCCACAGUCAGUUUUGAUAGUGAAAAAUUUGAUGGUCAGAAAGGAAAGUUCUACGAGAUAAGCUAA